AGGGGUUGAGAAAACUAUGUUUGAAGCGUCAAAUCUGAGAACCUCGGAGUGGUUCAUCAAACAUUAUGGUUCUAAUGUCAACCUCUUUGUGGAUCAUUCUCAAGUGAUGGAUCUGGAGUGCCUUCGUGGUUGCAGCUUAGAAGGAUAAUGGACACGGCAACUCAAGUAAAGAAGAUGGCAUGUGUGAUUGGUGGAAGUGGCAACCUGGCCUCCAUGCUCAUCAACUCUUUGCUUCACAAGGGCUAUGCUGUCAACACCACUGUAAGGGAUCCAGACAAUGAGAAGAAAACCGGUCAUCUUAAAGCACUACACCAACUUGGUGACCUCAAAAUUUUCAAGGGUGAUUUAACCGAUGAAGGUUGUUUCGACGCCCCUAUAGCCGGUUGUCACUUUGUCUUCCAUGUCGCAACACCAAUCAAUUUUGAUGCUCAAGAUCCAGAGAAUGAAAUGAUCAAGCCAGCAGUACAAGGAGCACUAAAUGUUCUCAAAUCCUGCGUGAAGUCAAAGUCAGUUAAGCGGGUGAUUUAUACGUCUUCAGCUGCUGCAGUCUCAAUCAAUAAGCUCAGUGAGACGGGUGUUGUUUUGGAUGAGAAUGAUUGGACUGAUGUUGAGUAUUUGACAUCUGAGAGGCCACCUACUUGGGGGUACCCUGUAUCAAAGGCGUUGUCUGAAAAGGCAGCCUGGAAGUUUGCCCAAGACAAUAAUAUUGAUCUCAUUGCUGUUGUUCCUGUUCUCCUCUGUGGUCCUUCUCGCCUUCCAGAACCACCACACAGCAUACAUCUUUCCAUGUCUUUGAUUACUCGUAAUGCUGUCAUUUUAUCAGAUAUUGCUGCUUCUGGCAUAACACAACUUGUUUAUAAACAGGCAAUUCAACGUCUUUGUGUGUGUGCAGGGAAUGAAAACAAGUUAAAAGGGUUGAUAGGUAUGCAAUUGAUAUCAGGUUCAAUCUCCAUUGUCCAUGUGGAGGACGUCUGUGAAGCUCAUAUAUUCUUGGCAGAGAAAGAAACUGCUUCCGGUCGGUACAUAUGCUGUGCUGUUAAUACCAGUGUCCCUGAGCUCGCUAAGUUCCUCAGCAAACGUUAUCCUCAGUACCAAGUCCCUACCGAGUUUGAAGGUGUUCCCUCCAAGCCUAAACUGAUGAUUUCCUCUGAAAAGCUUGUUAGGGAAGGUUUCAGUUUCAAGUAUGGAAUUGAGGAGAUUUAUGAUUCAACUGUGGAGUACUGCAAGUCAACAGGGACCCUCAACUGAAGAUGUAGUCAACAUGUGAUAAGUAUGUAGCUUGAGAUUGUGAAGCUUUGGCUGUACAAGCUUGUUAAAUAAGCACCAUUUUCUAAGUUUGGUAUAAAAUACUGCUACAUGAACAACUUCAACAUGUCUCUUUGCUUUCGAUUUUGAGAGAAUUAAACAUGAUUAAGAAAAAAUUAUUAUGUGAACAAUUUCAACA